AUGACAGGACCAGAUGAGAAUGCAACAUUGGCAGAGCCGCUAUUACGUCCGAGUGAAGAUCACUUCGAACGAGACGAAUUCUGCGACGCAACUGCAACGCACGGGGAGGACGAGAGCGAUGAGUCUACCGAAACAGAAUCUUUGAAUGAAGUAAAGCGAAAGAAUACCAGAAAGCUCCUCUACACCUCGCACUUCCUUUCCACCUGGAACUCUCGUCUCUUCGAAUUUGGAGCAUUCCUCUUCCUUGCAAAUAUCUAUCCUCAGACACUUCUGCCGGCAUCGCUGUAUGCGCUGUGUCGAAACGCUUCAGCCGCGAUAGCAGCACCUUGGAUCGGCAACUACAUCGACCGAGCGGAUCGCUUGGUCGUCGUACGAAUUUCGAUAGUCGUUCCGCUCAGCAUAUGUGUACCAGUCGGACAGAGGCUAGCCGUUGCAGCAUCCUGCUGCGCCUUGUUCGCCCUGUUGAGGUUCGAGCAACUCCGAGACGAGGCUUCGCACGCUUUUCUUGCGCUGCUUACGGUUCUCGCAUGUGCUGAGAAAGUCAGCGCUGUGUUGAAUACAAUCUCAGUGGAGCGCGACUUCGUAGUGGUCUUGGCGGCAGGUGACGAGGCACAACUUUCAUUGCUCAACUCGCGAAUGCGACGAAUCGACCUAUUCUGCAAAUUGAUUGGUCCUUUGGUCAUCUCUCUGAUCGAUGGAUUCUCGACUACCCUCGCAGUGGCCAUUACAGGCGGAAUGACGAUUCUCUCUGUCGUGUUCGAGUACUGGAGUAUUGCUCGAGUUUACAAUCGCGUACCAGCUUUACAAGCACCAAAGUCAGCGAUCACCGAAACACCACCGGACUUGGAACACACGCUACGACGAUCGAUUCGACGGUCACUGAAAGGUAUACUGCUCUACGUCAAUCAUCCCGCGUUCCUCCCGUCUUUGUCUCUGGCGCUGUUGUACAUGACUGUGCUGUCCUUCUCCGGACAGAUGAUCACGUAUCUCUUGACUCUCGGCCUCUCAUCAGGUGUGAUUGGUGCAUUACGUGGAAUCUCUGCCGCAGUCGAGAUGUCCGCGACCUGGCUUGCGCCGAAGGUCACACAUCAUAUCGGAAGUGAAAGGGCAGGAAUAUGGUUUCUGAAUUGGCAGAUUCUCUGCGUCGCCGUGGCCGGCCUUUUCUUCUGGAUUGAUGUGCCGUCUAAUGUCGCCGCGGUGGGCGCUGUUACGGCUGUGAUCGCCAGCCGUGUUGGGCUAUGGGGAUUUGAUCUGAGCGCGCAGACAAUCGUGCAAGAGGAAGUGGAAACUGAUCGAAGAGGGGUGUUUUCGUCGCAAGAAUUCGCCCUGCAAAACACAUUCGAAAUGCUGGCAUUCGCGAGCACAAUCAUAUUCCCCAAGCCGGAGCAAUUCAAGUAUCCCGCUACAGCCAGUGUCGCAGCAACUGCAUUGGCGGGCGUACUAUAUGCCUUGUUUCUACGUGGACGGCGAGGACAUCUCUUGCAUCUGUCGAAUUGCAUCGAUCCGAAAGGACAACGUAAGGAUCACGAUCACUGGUAUAUGUUGGCCACACGGAGGGGGAGCCGAGAAUGAUGAUGGAAUCAGUGUGAUUGUAUGAUAUGAUGCCAUGACUCAUUUAUGUUGGAUUUCAUUUCACUCAUGACCUUUCAUGAUUUCGGGAAAAAUGACACGCAUGAUCUCAUCUAUGAGCGUAAACACAAGGUGGGCACUAGAGACCACGUUAUUAGCAUAGUCAUUCCCGACAGAAAGACUCAAUUGGCAAACUCACUUCAGUCGAGGGUUGUUCAGCACAGCAACGAGUUUGCGGCCAGCCGCUUGAGCGUUGUACUUGCCGACCACACUUCCCGCAACAUCCGGCAUCAAGG